AUGGGAGCUCACGUAAUGAAUUAUAUGUUUUAUAAAUAUGGUCGUUUGUUGAAUGGAUUUUAUUCUGAACAAGUUCCAUUUGAUUUGUUACAAAGAUUUGGAAAAAAAGGAAUUGAAACUGAAAUGAAAAACACUACAGAAACAGAUGUAUUUUGCACCAGUAUAUUUCAUGUGCUUUUCUAUGUCCUCCCUCCAUGCUAUGCACUCAUCAUGAUCUUUGGGGUCAUAAGCAAUGUUUUAGUAAUUAAUUUCAACUUAAAGACUUCUCAAAAGAAGAAUUCCUUUAAAGUCUACAUCAUAAACCUCGCAAUAACUGACUUGAUGUUUUCAAGCACAGGCAUGUUCUGGAGUGUUACAUUCAUGAUGCAUGGCAAGUGGGUAUUUGGAGGCUUUAGCUGUGGCUUUGUUUCUUACCUAUUUUAUAUUACCAUGUAUAGUAGCAUUUUAUUUAUAACAGCCAUGAGUCUUGAUCGAUGUCUGGCAGUAGUAUGUCCUCUGAAAUGGUUAAAAGUUCGAAGUAUGCGUGCUGUUCUUUGUAUUUCCUGCCUAAUCUGGUUGAUGGCUCUAACGGUGACUUUUGCUACUGUUACACCAUUUCACAGAACACUGUUUCAUGAUCCUACAGUUGGCAAUAUUACACUUUGUGGAAUAAAACACCCAGAAAUGAGCUUUGAGAACUGGGGUUACCUGCAAGGAGUGACUAUAAAUGUGAUCUGGUUUGGGCUGUCUUUUGUGUCUAUAGCUGUUGCUUAUUUUGAAAUCUUUAAGACACUUCAAAAGAUGCCACCACUGAGAAAAACAAGAUACAAAAAAGAUGAGCUGUUGAGGCUUGUUGUUAUCAUACCAGUUGCCUUCUUCAUCUGUUGGUUCCCUUAUAAUACAGUUCUUUUCAUAGGAACUCUGGUCUACAAUAGUACUACAAGCAAUUGCUUUACAAAACGCCUCAUAAAUAGUCUGGAUGAACUCACAAUCUGUUUUGCCAUUGGAAACAGUUUGGUAAACCCUUUUCUCUAUUGCCUUCUUACCAAAGACACAAAACAAGAACUGAGGAGAAUCAUGUGUUUUAAACGGCAGAACCGUGUCCAUUCUGAAAUACACAUUCAGCUAAAGUAA